AUGGCAACAUCUGAAAGUGCAGUUAAAAUACACGAGAUCACUCGAGUCACCCCUUCCUCCGACUCACUGAACUCAGCCAACGAAUUCAGCCUUCCACUUACUUUCUUCGACACGUACUGGUUCAAGUUCCCUCCCGUUCAAAGCCUCUACUUGUACCAACUCACUGAGUCCCAUUCCACACCUUCCUAUUUCAACUCAGAAAUCCUCCCCAGACUCAAGCAAUCUCUUUCUCUCGCACUAUCCCACUACCUUCCGAUCGCCGGCUACUUGAAAUGGCCCUCGGAAGUCGACAAGCCCGUCGUGUCAUACACCCCUAACGACGGCGUUACUCUCACGGUCGCCGAAUCAAAUGUAGCCAACUACGACACCUUAAUAGGCAAUGAAAUGUAUAGAGCAAAUGAGUCGCAUCCUUUCACACCUGAGUUGAUGUUGUCCGAUGAUAAAGCGGAAAUACUCGCUUUGCAAGUAACACUGUUUCCCGGUCAAGGAUUUAGCAUCGGCAAGGCGGCGCACCAUUCAGCGUUCGACGGCAGGAUCGCGAGCAUGUUUAUAAGGUCAUGGGCUUAUCUAUGCAAACACGGCACCAACAAGUUGCCACCGGAGCUAACCCCAUCGUUCGAUCGGAGUAUCAUCAAAGACCCAUCGGGACUGGCCAUACGUUUCUUGAAUCAAUGGCGAGCUAUUUUCGAACAAAAGUCCGACACGAGAAGCAUGAAAAUCCCGGUCUCGUUAAAGGCGGUUUCCGAUGAUAUCGUUCGAGCCACGUUCGAGUUCAGCUGCGAAGACAUCAAGGGACUCAGGGACAUGGCCUUGUGUAAAUUAGCAACCAAUAACGGAAAACGGCAGCAUCAUCUCUCGAGUUUCGUCGUCACGCUCGCUUAUACAUCAACCUGUCUGGUUAAAACGAAAGGAGAAGGCGACAGGGACGUCGUCAUCGACUUCGGAGUCGAUUGUCGGGCUCGUCUAGACCCGCCGGCUCCACCGACAUACUUCGGAAACUGCGUCGUGAAUUAUUCCAACUCGGCGGAAGCGAAGAAUUUCAUGGGAGAAGAAGGCUUUGCCUUUGCUGUCGAUAUGGUGAGCGAAUUGGUGCAGAAGAUCAAGAAGGGCGUUCUUGAAGGCGCCGAAAUGAAUGUUACGAAUUUUUACGCUCCAAAAUUACCCGGUACGCAGUUGAUUAUGGUCGCCGGAUCGCCCAAGUUGAACGUUUACGAGUCGGAUUUCGGCGAGGGUAAGAUCAAGAAGGUGGAGAUUGUGUCCAUAGAGAGGGAUGAAGCUGUUUUCAUGGCGGAGAGUAGGGAGGGAAAUGGAGGAGUUGAGGUUGGUUUGGCACUGAAGAAGCACGAAAUGGAGAAAUUUGCUGCUUUGUUUCAUGAUGGAUUAAGAAACCUCAACUGA